AAGACAAUUCUAUCUCGCUUUCUCUUUCACACACACACACACACUUUUCUUUUGCUUUAUUUUUUUUUUUUUGCAGGCGAUGGGUUAAUUCAUGUCCACACCCUCUUCUUUCACUUAUCCUCUUCCACCCUAAUCUCCUUGCUAACUUACGCAUGAUCCAUCAUUACCGUUAACCCUAACCCCUUUCUUCUCCACCUCCUCAUACAAUUUUGUUACAUAAAGUACACUUUUGACGGAGCAAAUUUAGAAACAGUACAAGAAAAGAUGGAGUUUGAUGAACACGAAGAACACGAGGAUGAAAUCGUUGGAAUUCAGCUGCCAGUGCCACCGGUGAAAACCACCGGUGGCGGUGGGUACCGGUAUAAGGAGUGUUUAAAAAACCAUGCUGUAGGCAUUGGCCGUCAAGCGGUGGACGGAUGCGGAGAGUUUAUGGCGGCAGGAGAAGAAGGUACACUAGACGGGCUAAAAUGCGCCGCCUGUAACUGCCAUAGGAAUUUUCAUCGCAAAGAGGUAGAAGGUCAACAACGAGAUAAUCAACAUAUUCAACACCAGCAUCAUCAUCAUCAUCAUCAACCGCAGUAUAUCACUGCAGCACCGUACAACUACCACCAGCGGCCGGCAGGAUACCUGCACAUGAAACCGGUUCCUUCCUCCGUUCACCAGCAGCGUCCGCUAGCUCUGCCGUCGUCCGCAUCGAGAGAAGAUCUGGAGGAGAAUUCAAACCCUAGCUCUAGCGGUGGUGGUGGUGGUUCUGGUUCGAGAAAGCGGUUCCGAACGAAAUUUACAACAGUUCAAAAGGAGCAGAUGCUGGCGUUUUCGGAGACGUUAGGGUGGCGUAUUCAGAAGCAAGAUGAGGCUGCCGUACAACAGUUUUGUGCUGAAACAGGUGUGAAAAGGCAUGUUCUUAAGGUCUGGAUGCACAAUAACAAGCACACAAUUGGUAAGAAACCCUAAUUAGUUUCAACAACAACAAAAAUUACAGAAAUUAAUCUCGAUCUGGUUUUAGAUUAGCUAGCUAGCUAGUAAUUUUGUUUUAAUUUCUAUCAUCAUUAUGAUUGACCGUGAUCUUUUAAUUAAUUAACUUGAAUGUUCAUUAAUCGUUUGAUAA